CUCCAAACUCGUAUGAGCCAACAUUCAGGUCCAAUGCUGCCUUCGACCCCAGCUUUCUCGUCUCGCAUCAGGCUUCGGGUUCAGCCUCGAAUCACACAAGUGAGUGAGGUCUUCAAUGAUGGCCUAAAAUCAAAGGUAGGGUCAUUCUCGUCCUUACAAAUCUAGUUGAUGACCAUGCAGCGACCUCAAGCUCCUCAAUGUCGCCGCCCACUCCAGCUGUGGUAGGGCAAGUACCAAAAAUUCAAGUGUCCGUGGCAGACAACUCGACCUGGCGUCUUAUCCAUGAUCUAGAUUCGGCCGGUGAACCACGUCCGUGGAAUGAGUCUUUGGCUUCGAGCGAGGCUUUGAGAUACGCACUUGCACUGGAAUGCCAUCGUACCACGAUGGGACACCAAUGCUCGGUGUUUCCUGUGAGACCGUCGCGCGCACGCAGUCUCACCUACAGCGGCUCAGUAGGCUCUACGAUCUACGACCUUCGCCCACCACUACAAGGCGCGUACGCUGCUUUGGCUCAGGCCCAAGCGAAUGGUGAAGUGCCGUACCUGGACCAGCGACCGUAUCAGCAUAGCCAUGCACAAGAACAGACGAGAUUUCAGCCGGGCCAAGGACCUACAAUUCAGUCAUCUGGCAUCACACUUGCGGCAGCCAGCGACGCCACUGCACUGCAGGGUUCUGCUGCUGAUAGAGGUCUCGAUGCUUUGUCAGGGUGGAUGACGACACCGUUGCCGAGUGCGACUGAAGCCCCCUCUGCACACCGUCCGCUGUCGCCAUCCUCAAAUUUCGCACCAAUCCUGGAUGUAGGCCCUGCUCGCCGCCGUUCAAGUACCAUUUCAGCAGCGACGAUAGCUUUUCUAAGCCCUGUACUAUCGCAUGGCAGAUUGGCUACGUCGCCGUCGAUCGACUCACACAGAUCUUUGUACAUUCCGGGGGCCACACCGACUGCGCCAUCUCCCAUCCCGCAGCCUUGGCUGGACACUGGCAUGGCCACGACAUGCGACGCUCUAUCGUCCAGUCAGCCGCUGGAGCUACCAGUAACCAUCAUGGAAGCUCCGCCCAACUUCGACAGAAGCAACUGUUCAGAUAUGACGGAGGCAUUUUCCAUUCCUGUUAGCGAGAAGCAGAGCAACACUCCCCACGGCGCGGCUUCGCUUCCCACUCUCAGCCAGGACGGGCAUGAGCAUGCGAUGACGCUAGAUGUGCCGUUGGAAUGCUCGCUCGGAUGGCCUGCUUCUGUCGCAAGGCCUGGCCGAGCCAGACCACCUUUGCGACUUAGUCUGCCGGACGACAUCAACAAUGCGGUCAGCCAAACACUUUCGGUCCGGAGCCACGAUGCCCUUUCUACCGAUUCCAUGGGACAAGAUGUUGACCUGAACUUGCGCUCGCCUUCCGAGUCGUCUUCAGAGAGCUCCAACUUGCACACGAGAAGUCCGAUCGAGCCGAGAGUGACAUCUUGCAAGAGCGAAGGAGAUCACUUUAGGCCAUUGCUCUCUCAGGCUCGACGCUCCAUCGAUUGGUCUGCAGCCCACAUCGACAUUGGUGCCGUCGACCCACUUCAAGAACUUUUCCCAAGCGAAUUGAGUCACAAUGGUUAUGCUCAGCCCGAAUCGAGCCAAAUUGAGGCCAGCCUGGAGAUAGAAGAGCCUGCGAUCUCGCUGGCAGAUAGUUAUGCGCAGCAAUAUGCUGGACCUGCAGACCCUGAGCUGCAACAUGUUGCUCUCCAUCGACAAUUGAAACACUUCAUCAGCACAGCACCUAUGGCCUUGCAGUCUCCGACGGCAGUGUCUGCGGGCAUACUAGCACCUGGCAUGUCUCUCCUGGAUCCGCUCGAUCUGAUUGCCUACUCGCGGUCAAAUUACCUCACCCAGCCCAUCGAAGCGAAUGACUUGCGCAGACUAGAGACCGUCACUGACCCCGACUUCAUCUGGCAUCAGUCUUUGCAAGAUGGCUCAGAUCACCUCGGUGAAGUUUCCAGCAUCUUGAGCUCCAUUUCGAUUCAUCGUUUCAUGUUGCCAGUGUAUGACCCUCCAGCCGCGACAAACGUCGAACAGCGCAAGCACAAGCCAAAAGUUUCCCAAAGUCCGGUGGUCGCUUUCAGCUGGCGGGGAGACAUUUGGAUCACUGCGUGCGUCAUCAUCCGCAUCCUGGUGUUCAGACUUCGAGUCGUCGGCUAUGAUAUUCUCAACCUCAACAAGCUUAGCGAGUGA